UUAAAAAAAAAAAAAAAUUAUAUAUAUAUAUAUAUAUAUAUAUAUAUAUAUAUAUAUAUAUAUUAAUUCAGCUUUGUUUUAGUUAACAAAAACUAUUUUUAAAUAGUUUUAGUUGAAGUUAACAAUAGCAACUCUUGUUGCAACCCUAAACAACCUACACUAACACAUUUCAAAAUUGCAUGGGCAUACUUCAGUAGAAAGAUGUAGCAGAAUACCAAUUGACCCGUUUUUGUCGUCGCAAAGUAAACAUGGUCAUACCACCCAGCCCAAGUACAAGAUUCGCUUUUCAGUUACUUGUGCAUCUUAUCUCAUUAUACCUUUAUAAUUCACCCAUUGAGCCUCAGUCAUUGUUCUAGUUGUUCCCGAUCGCCAUCAGUCCCAUUUAAAGUAUUCCGGUGCUCGGUACGGCCCAGUGUGCGUCAUACGGCAUCAGGUGAACGCGCACAGAUGUUGACUUCCGACCCUUAAUGAGCUGUUAGAGAAAGUGCACUUGCAGGUUCAUUUGUUCUGAUAACAUAUAAUCCUCUCAGACAGAGUAAAAAGGUCGGCUUUCACCUCUAUUGCACCGCAGAAUUAGAAAUGAAACUGUGACUGCUCUCUAUUAGGGAUUGGAUGUGGAGUCUAAUCUAGAGAAUAAUCCCCUCCACUCGCAGCAUUAAUCAUACGUUACAUAAUCUUUUAUAGUGUGCAAGUUUUUAUGAGGCCUGAUGCUAAAAAGCUCCCCAAGGAAAAUUCGGCGACACUGUCCUGCGCUGAUGCUGCAUUUCUGAAAAAUUUAGUCCUGAAUAAAUUAGGAUAUUUUGGCUGAAGCGUCUCAGUGAUUAUGCUUUAAUUUUAUACAGUGCAUUACAGGGUUAAACUUUAGCUGCACAGGCCUCCUCAAAUUUCUUAUCCUCUUUCUGGCUGUCAGUUUUCAUUUCUGGGUGCACUGUAGAAGUUUUACUAGUUUUGGACUGACAUUGAAAGAUACAAAAUAUAUCCUGAUAUUAUUUGGUUCCACUUUUGACUUGCACAAAAAAAGUUUGGGGUCAGUAAGAGUUUUUAAAUGUUUUUGAAGAAGUUGUAUGUUCACAAAGGCUGCAUUUAUUUGAUCAAAAAUACAAUGAAAACAGUAAUAUGGAGAAAUAUUGAGAAAUAGCUGUUUUCUAUGGAAGCUUGUUUCCGCCAUGAAAUAAAAAAUAAAAAAGGUAAUUUAUCUCACAAUUCUGACUUUUUUCUCAGAAUUACGAGUUUAUAUCUUACAAUUCUGACUUUUUUUCUUAGAAUUGCAAGAUAUAGUCAGACUUGCAUGACAGAGUCAGAAUUGCGAGUUAUAAAGUCAGAAUUGCAUGAUAUAAGGUCAGAAUUGCGAGAUAUAAAGUCAGAAUUGCGAGAUAUAAAGUCAGAAUUGCGAGAUAUAAAGUCAGAAUUGCGUGAUAUAAAGUCAGAAUUGCGUGAUAUAAGGUCAGAAUUGUGAGAUAUAAAGUCAGAAUUGCGAGAUAUAAAGUCAGAAUUGCGAGUUAUAAAGUCAGAAUUGCGUGAUAUAAAGUCAGAAUUGCGAGAUAUAAAGUCAGAAUUGCGAGAUAUAAAGUCAGAAUUGCGAGUUAUAAAGUCAGAAUUGCGAGAUAUAAAGUCAGAAUUGCGUGAUAUAAAGUCAGAAUUGCGAGUUAUAAAGUCAGAAUUGCGUGAUAUAAAGUCAGAAUUGCGUGAUAUAAAGUCAGAAUUGCGAGUUAUAAAGUCAGAAUUGCGAGUUAUAAAGUCAGAAUUGCGUGAUAUAAAGUCAGAAUUGCGAGUUAUAAAGUCAGAAUUGCGAGUUAUAAAGUCAGAAUUGCGUGAUAUAAAGUCAGAAUUGUGAGAUAUAAAGUCAGAAUUGCGAGAUAUAAGGUCAGAAUUGCAUGAUAUAAAGUCAGAAUUGCGUGAUAUAAAGUCAGAAUUGCGAGAUAUAAAGUCAGAAUUGCGUGAUAUAAAGUCAGAAUUGCGAGUUAUAAAGUCAGAAUUGCGAGUUAUAAAGUCAGAAUUGCGAGAUAUAAAGUCAGAAUUGCGUGAUAUAAGGUCAGAAUUGCAUGAUAUAAAGUCAGAAUUGCGUGAUAUAAGGUCAGAAUUGCGAGUUAUAAAGUCAGAAUUGCGAGAUAUAAAGUCAGAAUUGCGAGAUAUAAAGUCAGAAUUGCGUGAUAUAAAGUCAGAAUUAUUUAGUGACGGAAACAAGCUUUCAGCUUUUUCUAUGUAUUUGAAUAUAUUUUAAAAUGUAAUUUAUUCCUGUGAUCAAAGCUGAAUUUUCAGCAUCAUUACUCCAGCCUUCAGUGUCACAUGAUCCUUCAGAAAUUACUCAAAUAUGCUGAGCAUUUUUUGACAGAAAUCUUCUGUAACAUAAAUGUUUAUACUGUCAAUUUUUAUUAAUUGAAUGCAUCCUUGCUGAAUAAAAGUAUACAUUUUUUGCUGACCCCAAACUUUUGAAUGAUAUUGAAGUCUUGCAUUCAUAUUUUCUUUUCACAUUCUCUCGAGCCUCUCUCUCUUCUGCCUGCGAUCAUCCUCAGCUGAGUUCACUUCCUGUUAGCCACGGAGUGGAUCUCAUCCACAAGUUCACUCAAAACUGCACCUGCGGCGGGAAUCAUUACUUUUUUUUUUUUUAUUGCACUCAUUAGCCGCUCAGGCAGGUGUGAUCUUUCAUCGGCCCUGUGAUUGUCAACUGCGCUAAUGAGCCACUCUCCGUCUCUCGCCGCCAGUCAUUCCAUGAUUCCUCCUCCCACGCCUCACUCUGGAUCCACAGUAUCCAUCCCAAUCCAGAGUGUGAGAAAGCAGCGGAGGGUGGGCCACCUCGAUGGGAAUGUAGCUCUCGCUCCAGGAAUAGCUGGCGGUUUGAACCCAGGGAGCCGGGAGACAGAAAUAGACACUUCCGCUGCACCUCACUCAUUGCUUAGCAACUGGCUCGCUACACUCCUCCAUUCUGACAUUUCCCUCCUUUUUUCUGUGCUCUCUUUUCUUGCUGUCUUGCCAUCCAUUCUGCAGUAGGAUGAAGAGCAUCACUACGGGAUGAAUUGUGAGGGGAAGCCUGGAUGACCAUGGUCUAACUCUUAGAGACCCUCACAAACACAAGUUCAGUUCAAAAGAAAUAACAGAUUAAUGAAUUGGACAGGAAGUCAAAUAUGACAAUUAAAUAUAGAUGCACAUAAAUUUAGAUGUAUCUCUUUCAGUUCUUGUGUAUGAAUUUGAAUCUCUCUCUCUCUCUCUCUCUCUCUCUCUCUCUAUCUAUCUAUCAUUUGUUCGUUUGUUUAUUCUAACUAUCAUUCUAUUGUUUGGUCAUUCUAUCAUUCUAUCUAUUGUUUAAUCUAUCGUUCAUUGUAUCUGUCAUUUGUUCUAUCUUUCAUUCUAUCAUUUGGUCAUUCUAUCUAUCCAUUGUUCAUUUGUUCAUUAAUUUGUUCUAUCUAUCUAUCUGUCUAUCUAUCUAUCUAUUUGUUGUUCGUUCGGUUUUUCAUUUAUUUGUUUGUUCUAUCUGUCUAUUGUUCCUGCUAACGUUUGUUAGUUUUUUCAUCUCUCAUUCAUUCUUUUGUUUGUUCAUUCUGUCUAUAGUUUGUUCGUUCGUUCAUUCUAUCGGAUAGGUCAGACAGUCUACCGUUCAUUCUGUCAUUCUGUUUAUCUAUUUAUCUAUCUAUUGCUCAUUCGUUCAUUCAUUCUAUAUGUCGUUCUAUUGUUUGGUCAUUCUGUCUGUUGCUCAUUCUAUCUAUAUCUAUCGUUCAUUCAUUCGAUCUAUCGUUCAUUCUUUUGGUCAUUCUAUCUAUCGUUCGUUCAUUCGUUUGUUUGUUUUGUCAAUCAUUCGUUCAUUCUAUCUAUUGUUUGUUCGUUCGUUCGGUCAUUCUGUCUAUCGUUCUGUCGUUUGGUCAAUCUAUCUAUCCAUUGUUCGUUUGUUCUUUCGUUCAUUCGUUUGUUCAUUCUAUCUGUUGUUCGAUCAUUCGUUUGUUUUUGUCCAUAUUCGUUCAUUCUAUCUAGUCUGUCUGUCUAUCUAUCUAUCCAUCUAUCGUUUAUUAGUUUAUUUAUUUAUUCGUUUGUUCGUUUUAUCUGUCGUUCUAUCGUUUGGUCAUUCUAUCUGUUCAUUAUUCGUUUGUUCAUUCGUUUGUUCAUUCUAUCUGUCGUUCAUUCAUUGGUUUGUUUUGUCAAUAAUUUGUUCUAUCUAUUUAUCUAUCUAUCUAUCUAUCUAUCAAUCAAUCAGUUGUUCAUUCAUUUGUUCAUUCAUUCUAUCUAUCAUUCUAUCAUUUGGUCAUUCUGUCUGUUCAUUGUUCAUUCAUUCAUUCGUAUCAUCUAUCUACCUAUCUAUCUACCUACCUAUCUAUCUAUCGUUUGUUCGUUCGUUCAUUCUAUCUAUCCAUUGUUCGUUUGUUUGUUCGUUCGUUCAUUCGUUUGUUCAUUCUAUCUGUCGUUUGUUUGUUCGUUGUUCAUUUUGUCAAUCAUUCAUUCUAUCUUUCUAUCUAUCUAUCUAUCUCAUUCUUUUGAUCUAUCUGUCUUGUUCUUUUGUUCUUUCUAUCUCAUUCUUUCGCUCUUUCUAUCAUUGUUUCUAUCUAUCUGUCUGUCUAUCAAACCUUGAACAUUUUUUUCCUCUGAAAAUGACCUCCUGACUGUAGAGAUACAGGAACUGUUCUGUCAAACUGGCUCAGUCCCAUCAGCAGGUGUGUGUUCGGAGGAACGUAUUACGAUAGGGAAGUUUAAGGAUAUCUGAGAAGAGAAGGGCUGUUCUGUACAUUAAACCACAUCAAAACCUCUUUUAUCCACCAGACAAAUUUACUUUCUUGCCAAAAACCCACGCCUUCACCUUAUCUAAACCUUCCUCCCUCUCAUAUGUCUGUCCGAUUCUGUGUGAUUAAUGUUCAUCUCAGCGCUCAUCAUAACAUGUAUUUUAACUCUCUCAUUCCAUCCCUCCAUCACCUCCUUCCC